AUGGAUGGGGACAUGCGCUAUAACAUCCCCAAAUCCACAUGCCCAAAACAUAUAAUGAAUGAGAACGAAUCCGAAGUUCACUGCUGCGGUCUCAAUAUUUUUGAUAUUCCUGAAAACCUACCAAGGAGCAUCAAAACACUGGACCUGUCUCACAACCUCAUCACUAAAAUCACUGUGUCUCCAAUAUCCCACCUUCACAGUCUUCAGAGUCUGAGCUUAGGCUACAACCAGCUGGAAGAAAUAGACCGUGGAGCAUUCCUGGCUGUAACACAACUUGAUACUCUCAAUCUUGCUGCUAAUCAAUUGCACAAACACUACCAGCGCCAUGACGGGGUUUUUGCAUCGCUGCCAAAUCUAAAAAUACUAAGUCUUGCACAAAAUCAUUUGGACAGUAAAAUGGUAACGUUCUACUUAAACGGCAGUCGUUCUUUGAAAAAGCUGGACCUGUCAGGUAACAAGAUGGUAACACUGUCCCCUGGGACCUUUGAUGGAGCUUUGCAUCUUACAGAGUUAGAUCUUGCCAACAAUGACAUCACAGGGAUAACAGAAGGUACAUUUGAUGCCUUACAAAACCUCAGAACUCUGAAUCUUGCAGGGAACUUCAUCCAGUGCAUAGCUAGCUUUGAUCUCACACAGCUACAAGUUCUGAACCUCAGUUCCAAUGCCUUAAGGUUCUUCUACAGCAAUGACUCACAAACACCUUAUCAGCUUAGUACCUUAGACCUCAGCCAAAAUAACCUCAAACGUUUCCCAUUUCUUCCUAAUAUUCAUAAGAUCCAGUAUCUUAACCUUUCUGGAAAUAACCUGGUUGAAAUGGCACCAGGAUCAGAAACAACGUUGGAGAAUGUAGAAAGUAGCCAUUGGUUUGAAGCUGCUGAAGGCUUAGACCUUUUCAGUGCUAUUGAAUAUUCAAACUAUAAUCUAUCCCAUCUACGAGAUUUGGAUCUUAGCCAUAACCAUCUGACCUCGUUCCCUUCUCACUUCCUUUCUAAUGCAACCAGACUUGAAAAUCUAAAUUUGGCUCAUAAUUGCAUUACAUAUAUGAGGGAAGAGCCUUCUUCUACUGUGUCCAGCCAGGUAAAAGAUUGGACUCACAUACCUGUGACACUGAACGCCUUAAAGGUCCUAAAUCUGGAAGGGAAUUCUAUCCAAACUGUUCCACAGUGGUUGUUCAAGUUUCUUCCUAAUAUUCAACACCUCAAUCUCAAAGGCAACAAUGUUAUUCUGCGCCCACAGAGCCAUCCCAAAAUGAUUAAUGGUUCAUCAAAAGACGAUAUCUGUACAAAUUUUUCUAGGGCUCCCAAACUUAAGUAUUUGAAUUUAGGUCACAACUACAUUACACAGCUUCCACCCCGUGCUUUCCAUCAUACGCCUUUAGCUGUACUGGAUCUCUCUGAAAAUCUAGGAUUGACUCUUGAAGAAAGUACGAUGGAAGGGCUGGAAGAAUCACUACAGUUUCUCUCUUUACAAGGAAACCAGAUGAAUGAAUCCCAAGCAAAACUUCCAUGUUUAAAAUCAUUACAAUUUCUGAAUAUGUCUAAUAACAAACUUCGUGCCCUACCCGCUAAUUUAUACUGCUCUCAUGUGGACAUUGUGGAUCUUCGAAACAAUGACCUUCGUAUGUUAGAUAAUAAAGCUGCCUUAGCCUGGGCCUCGAGCCUUACCCAUCUGUAUAUCAAAGGCAACCCCUUUAGCUGCUGUUCCCUAAACUGGCUAAAGAUCUUGCAGGCUGGACCAGUACGUAUCUGGGAUCUGGAGGAAGCACAUUGCAUCUAUCUUGACAACAACAGCACUGGCAAAGCUAAUGUAACCGGUGACCACACUAAGCACUGCUUUCAUCAGACAAUAAGUAUUCACUCUAUAAUUGUGAUUAUAAUUUCAUUCAUAGCCUUGACUUCUUUGACUUCUGCAGUAUAUUUCCUGUGUAGGAAAGGAAGACCAACGUUGGCAUUAACCUGUAAGUUCAGGAGCAAUAAGGUGGCUGCAGAACCAGCCAGUCCGCCUAAGGCAGUGAAAUCAAGGGAGGAGUCCAUCAUUUCUACUCCGUAGCAGUCUUAUACAAUCAUGCAUGUACACUCUCAUUUGGCAAUGGGAAACAUUAAUGAAAGCUUUAAGUUACAGGGAAAGCUAAGCAUUCCUGCUGGUUUGGUUUAAUAGGGUUGUUCACCUUUUAAAUUAACUUUUAAUAUGACAUAGACUGAUAUUUUAAGAUCAUUUGCAAUUAGUUUUCAUUUUGUUUAGUUUUUCAGUUUUUUAGCUUUUUGCCCAGCAGCUCUCUAGUUUAAAAUUUCAGCGGCUGGCUGCUAGCGUCAUGUUUACCUUAGCAACUCUGGAUUGGUUUAAAUGACAGACUGGAAUAUGAAUAGGAAAGGGCCUGGAUAGA